AUGGUUCAUUCAGAUUUUUGUCUAAAAGCUGAUAAACAUUUGGACGAAAAUAUGCAUACUGUUGAUCAAUAUUUAUCGUUUGAACAAACUUUUAAAUGGAAAUUAAUGAUAUUUAUUCACCUCAUUUACACAUCAUCAUGCUAUUCAUCGAAUUCCAUUACAAUGAAACGUCCAUCAGCAGAUUCUUUUUAUCCAUUACCUGAGAAAUAUAUUGACCUAUUAAGUCCAAUCAAGGUUGAUCAUGAUUAUCUUCACUUCAAUCCAGGCACAACAUCUGGAACAGAUUGUAAUCAAUGGGAAAACCGGACCUUACAAACUUCCAGUCCUACUGAAACACUGCAAUUGGACUACAAUGGCCGAAAUGAUAUAUCUUUGUCCCACACACCAUUACUGCCAGUCAGCUUUUUGGUUGAAAUGAUACCAUAUCCAAGAUUAUAUCCUGGACGAUCAUUUUUCUUCAGUCGUCUAGAUAACUUGAAUCGUAUACGUUUGGCUAUCGGAUUAAACCAAUGGGGUAAAACUGGUGAAUGUAUGGAACUAUGGAUACAUCAUGAAUUAUUUUAUAGUCUGGAACCAACUCCAAAAAUUUCCACGUAUUAUAUUGGGUCAGGUUUAGUAAAUCAUGCCGGUCUUGUAAUAGUACCUUUACCGAAUUAUCAGUUCAAUACUAACAAACGUAUUACAUUAAUUAUUGAAAUUACAAACGCCAGUGUUAAAGUGUACAAAAACUGUAAGUUAUACCAUAAACCUCUAUUUAGUAUUAAUUAUCGACAAAAUAUAAAAUAUCAUCAUUUACAUGGAGACAGAUUUGAAAAUAAAUUAAAAGAAUUAUCGAGAAUGGAUAAAUUCUAUACUCUGUCAGGAGGACCAUAUCAUGGUGACAAAUUUCUAGGUCUCAUGAAACGAAUGAAAAUGUUUUUUACUGAAUAUGGAGCUCGAAAAUAUUGUUUUGAUGAUAGUAAUUUCAAACUAUGCAAAAGUAGUUUAAAUGAACAACAUAUCCGAACAGAAUGGCAGAAAUUAAAUUCAUUUGACCAGUCAAAUCAUACAGUUCAAUUACACAAUAAUGAACAGAUCAGUGGUAAAAUCAAUCAACAAUUAAACAAUACUAUCUAUAAUAGAACAAAACAAUCAUUUAACAAUAACAGUGAUGUAACCGUAAAAAAUCGAAUGAAAUCAAAUAGAUGUAAUCAAAAUAUUCAUGAAGAUAAUUGUACCACAUUAAAUUUGAAUAAGUCGGUGAAUAAUGUACCAGGUGGAAGACCAGCACUGACAGAGGUAGUUGGAGCUGAAGGAGAUGUGAGUGGAGACGCUUCGACAGGCACCCAUUCUGUCAGUCACAUGGAUCGUGUCGAUUCCGGAGGGGAGAAUGUUCUCGGAACACAGGUACCAGGUGGAAGACCAGCACUGACAGAGGUAGUUGGAGCUGAAGGAGAUGUGAGUGGAGACGCUUCGACAGGCACCCAUUCUGUCAGUCACAUGGAUCGUGUCGAUUCCGGAGGGGAGAAUGUUCUCGGAACACAGGUACCAGGUGGAAGACCAGCACUGACAGAGGUAGUUGGAGCUGAAGGAGAUGUGAGUGGAGACGCUUCGACAGGCACCCAUUCUGUCAGUCACAUGGAUCGUGUCGAUUCCGGAGGGGAGAAUGUUCUCGGAACACAGGUACCAGGUGGAAGACCAGCACUGACAGAGGUAGUUGGAGCUGAAGGAGAAGUGAGUGGAGACGCUUCGACAGGCUCCCAUUCUGUCAGUCACAUGGAUCGUGUCGAUUCCGGAGGGGAGAAUGUUCUCGGAACACAGGUACCAGGUGGAAGACCAGCACUGACAGAGGUAGUUGGAGCUGAAGGAGAUGUGAGUGGAGACGCUUCGACAGGCACCCAUUCUGUCAGUCACAUGGAUCGUGUCGAUUCCGGAGGGGAGAAUGUUCUCGGAACACAGGUACCAGGUGGAAGACCAGCACUGACAGAGGUAGUUGGAGCUGAAGGAGAUGUGAGUGGAGACGCUUCGACAGGCACCCAUUCUGUCAGUCACAUGGAUCGUGUCGAUUCCGGAGGGGAGAAUGUUCUCGGAACACAGGUACCAGGUGGAAGACCAGCACUGACAGAGGUAGUUGGAGCUGAAGGAGAUGUGAGUGGAGACGCUUCGACAGGCACCCAUUCUGUCAGUCACAUGGAUCGUGUCGAUUCCGGAGGGGAGAAUGUUCUCGGAACACAGGUACCAGGUGGAAGACCAGCACUGACAGAGGUAGUUGGAGCUGAAGGAGAUGUGAGUGGAGACGCUUCGACAGGCACCCAUUCUGUCAGUCACAUGGAUCGUGUCGAUUCCGGAGGGGAGAAUGUUCUCGGAACACAGGUACCAGGUGGAAGACCAGCACUGACAGAGGUAGUUGGAGCUGAAGGAGAUGUGAGUGGAGACGCUUCGACAGGCACCCAUUCUGUCAGUCACAUGGAUCGUGUCGAUUCCGGAGGGGAGAAUGUUCUCGGAACACAGGUACCAGGUGGAAGACCAGCACUGACAGAGGUAGUUGGAGCUGAAGGAGAUGUGAGUGGAGACGCUUCGACAGGCACCCAUUCUGUCAGUCACAUGGAUCGUGUCGAUUCCGGAGGGGAGAAUGUUCUCGGAACACAGGUACCAGGUGGAAGACCAGCACUGACAGAGGUAGUUGGAGCUGAAGGAGAUGUGAGUGGAGACGCUUCGACAGGCACCCAUUCUGUCAGUCACAUGGAUCGUGUCGAUUCCGGAGGGGAGAAUGUUCUCGGAACACAGGUACCAGGUGGAAGACCAGCACUGACAGAGGUAGUUGGAGCUGAAGGAGAUGUGAGUGGAGACGCUUCGACAGGCACCCAUUCUGUCAGUCACAUGGAUCGUGUCGAUUCCGGAGGGGAGAAUGUUCUCGGAACACAGGUACCAGGUGGAAGACCAGCACUGACAGAGGUAGUUGGAGCUGAAGGAGAUGUGAGUGGAGACGCUUCGACAGGCACCCAUUCUGUCAGUCACAUGGAUCGUGUCGAUUCCGGAGGGGAGAAUGUUCUCGGAACACAGGUACCAGGUGGAAGACCAGCACUGACAGAGGUAGUUGGAGCUGAAGGAGAUGUGAGUGGAGACGCUUCGACAGGCACCCAUUCUGUCAGUCACAUGGAUCGUGUCGAUUCCGGAGGGGAGAAUGUUCUCGGAACACAGGUACCAGGUGGAAGACCAGCACUGACAGAGGUAGUUGGAGCUGAAGGAGAUGUGAGUGGAGACGCUUCGACAGGCACCCAUUCUGUCAGUCACAUGGAUCGUGUCGAUUCCGGAGGGGAGAAUGUUCUCGGAACACAGGUACCAGGUGGAAGACCAGCACUGACAGAGGUAGUUGGAGCUGAAGGAGAUGUGAGUGGAGACGCUUCGACAGGCACCCAUUCUGUCAGUCACAUGGAUCGUGUCGAUUCCGGAGGGGAGAAUGUUCUCGGAACACAGGUACCAGGUGGAAGACCAGCACUGACAGAGGUAGUUGGAGCUGAAGGAGAUGUGAGUGGAGACGCUUCGACAGGCACCCAUUCUGUCAGUCACAUGGAUCGUGUCGAUUCCGGAGGGGAGAAUGUUCUCGGAACACAGGUACCAGGUGGAAGACCAGCACUGACAGAGGUAGUUGGAGCUGAAGGAGAUGUGAGUGGAGACGCUUCGACAGGCACCCAUUCUGUCAGUCACAUGGAUCGUGUCGAUUCCGGAGGGGAGAAUGUUCUCGGAACACAGGUACCAGGUGGAAGACCAGCACUGACAGAGGUAGUUGGAGCUGAAGGAGAUGUGAGUGGAGACGCUUCGACAGGCACCCAUUCUGUCAGUCACAUGGAUCGUGUCGAUUCCGGAGGGGAGAAUGUUCUCGGAACACAGAGAAUGUGUGGAGUGGAUUGGGGUGAAGGGGAGGCAGAUGAUUGGCUAGACGAGAACAUGACAGGUACCAGUGGAAGACCAGCACUGACAGAGGUAGUUGGAGCUGAAGGAGAUGUGAGUGGAGACGCUUCGACAGGCACCCAUUCUGUCAGUCACAUGGAUCGUGUCGAUUCCGGAGGGGAGAAUCUUCUCGACACACAGAUGUAUAAACCAACGGAUCUAAUGAAUCAGCCAUCUGAUGACUUGUACGUGGGACUGGUUAAACAUAAAGUAGAAAAACAGUCUCAUAAUAGAAAUGCAACGUAUAUAACAUUUGAAGAAGUCUCAGGAACCUAUCGAAUGAAUAGAAGAGCUGAUUACAAUUAUACCAUAAAUUCUCCAUUCGACGAAGUCAUAGUCCAUAUUGGACAGAAAGGAGACAUUGGACCACAGGGUCAAGCUGGUCCUGUGGGCUCUACGGGUUAUUGUCCAGAAACAAUAUGUCCAUCAACUGAUAUGAGUUCAUUGAAAGGUGUUCAAGGUGAGACUGGAUCAAGUGAAUGGUGUAAUAGAUCAUGUAAAACUAUUGAUGGAAUUAUUGGAUUAAAAGGAAUAAAGGGUCUAAAAGGUGAUAUGGGAGAUACUCUAAUAUUAUCAUUUUCAAAAGCCUUACAACUAAUUAAAUACACUAUAAACAUUACAUCAUCAAAUUAUUUUCCCAAAGGUCAAAAAGGAGAUAAAGGUGAAGUGAUUCAGAGAAAAUUCAUUCAGAAAAGAAUAUCUUCACAGAAUAAUAAAAAUUUUCAUCGACGCAAACGGGGACAACAACAAGAUUAUGACCAUUUAACUUCUCGAAUUCAUCCUUUACAAGAAAAUAAAAAACAUUUAAAGCAUCCUUUGAAUCAAUCAACACAUGAUUCAAGUAUCUUAUUCACUGGAUCAAAUUUCGCAAAUUUAGAAAAACAAAAAAUUUUAGGUGUUAAAAUACUUCAUAAUCCUAAUGAAUUCAAAACUAUUAGUUCAAUUCUACCAGUUGGUGCAUUAGUUGUUACUGAAUUCUUCAAUUAUGAAGUAUUAUCAUUUGCAAAUGAUAAUCAAUCAUCUAAAUGGGAUUUAAAUAAAAAUUUUCAAUUGGAUCAACUUAGUUCAUUGGGUUUAUUUAUGAAAAUUGAAAAUAUUCAUAAUACAUGGAAAAGAAUACAUGUUAAAUUCGGACAAGAAGUAACAUUUGGUCAACAUGAUCCUAAUUUACAAAUCUACAACAGUUCAUCUUCCAAAGAAACUUCAUCUAAAACUUAUACCCCCAGAUAUAGAGAAAAAAUAGUAUUUGCAUUUCAUCCUGUUCCUUUGACUGGAGGAUCAUUUUCAGGAUGGCAUGGAGCCAAUACGAAGUGUCAUGAAACUGCUCUUCAUCAUCUUGGAAUACCUGGUUUUAAAGUACUUCUUGUAGACGGAAAUUUUCCAAUAGAACGUCUUAUCAAAUGGCAAUAUCAACAUGUACCUAUUAUAAAUCUAGGUAGUGAAACUGUAUUUUCGAAAUGGAGAGAUUUCCUAUAUGGUAUUCGUUCGAAUAUAAACGUACCACUGUACGAUUUAUAUGGUAUGCCUGAUCUACAAGUUCAUUCUAAAAACUUCUGGCUUGGAGGUGGUAUUACUUUUGGAUGUGAUGGAUGGACAACAAAUUCAUCAACAAAAUUUGGUCUUACAUGGUCAUUUGAUCAUAGAAUAGGUCAAGUGAAAAUCAACUAUGCAAAAUGUGAUUCAAUCAAUUAUUUAAUGUGUUAUAAACUUGUGAAAUCUACAUUAGCUUAGUGUUUUAGCUUAACAAUAAUAUUUAUGAUUAUUAUUUUAUUAAACUAUAAGCACAUCUACUAGAAUUACUUAAUUUAAUCAACCAGUUAAUUUUUCGUGUAAAGUAAAUGGAAGCUAAAACUGUCUUACUUUCAAGAUUUUGAAACAAAAAAUGCAACCUACUUUAUUAUAA